GUCCACUUGUCCAGUGAAGAAGAAGAACCGAGCAUUCCUUCUCUAAUGGCAGGGAUCCAAACAGGACAAACUAAAACUUAGGCUCGCUCGAUUGUACAUGGCCUCGCCGUGCCGCAUCCCUGCUUCCAGCAACAAGCACAACAUUAUCUCUCAACAUCAACACCACGUUUUGGAUUGCCCAACUCUGCAGGAAGGCAAUGCUGCGGAUACCUCUAAAAGGAGGAAGAACAAACCUGCAGGGGGCUUCAAUCUCAGGAAAAGCAUUGCAUGGAAUCCUGCUUUCUUCACUGAACAAGGUGUUUUGGAUAAUAUGGAGCUUUCUAUGCUUACUGGCUCCCAAGUGAAGGCAACUAGGAGCCCUGCCUCUGGAUUUUCUUCAACCUUUUCCCCAUUGUCCAGACUAGAGAAAUCUGGCAACACACCCGUGCUCAAGGAAGUCGCACAGAAUUCUCGUGGAAAAUUUCCUGCAAAAUGUCUGAGCACAGAAAACAAAGGAAGGAAGCUGUUUGCUUCCUCGAAAGUUUCUGAGCAGGAUGAACGAAAAGCACCUGCGGUAACACAAGAUAAAAGGUCAGCAAAAAACAUCCAAAAGUCCAUACCUCGACCACCUGCUGGAUAUGCACAGAAAAAAGUGCCAAACUCAAGUGCUACGGCUCAAAUAUCAAGAAUACCAAGGAAGUCUCAACCUUCUCCUUCUUUGGUCUCUAGAACAAGAAGUACCUCAUCUGUGACUGAUGUUCCCAAACCAACAAAAAAACCAGCUACAGCUAAAAGUAAGUACACACAUAAAGUAGAGGCCCCCCCACUUAAAUCGAAGACUGAGAAUCCAUCUGUGGGUAAAUCUUCAGGGCCUACCAUAGGGAAGGACGCGGUCCCUACGGUUACUACCACCUGUGAGGAAGCUAGUUGUUCUGGAAAAUAUAAAACUUUUUCACCAGUUUCACAAGAUAAACCCUCCAAUUCUGUUGUUGUCCCUGUACCAAUGUCUGCUAAGCCAUCAGCCCUUCGGAUGCCUUCACCUUCAGUUGGAUUUUUUGCUCAGGGAAAAACUUCUGCAUCACAUGGCAAUACUGCUCAAAAUCCAGAGAAGUGCAUUAGUGGAAAUAUUUCAUCACUCAGGUAUAAGCAGCCUGUGGAUAUAAAAGGCAGAUUCCAUCUAACAAAGUGGCUGCCUUCCAAUCGCUCUGUUGCUUCCAAUAUUCCUGCGCAACCUGUCACUAGUGACAUCACUCCCAAAGUCUUAGCCUCUUCUUUUACUGGUCUUGAGAACACUGAUGCUUGUUCUGUGAAGCAAUCCUUGUCAGAAAGUAUUAUACCUUACUCAGUAAACUCUGGGAAUACAAAUAUUCAAGAAAUUGCAGACGAUGGUUUUCUGUUGGCUGGAAAUGGAGCGACUACACAACAGUUGAGCUUUGUAGACAAUAAUGGUGCCAGCAAUGACAUGCCCAAUGAGUGCAAUGUUGUGACAUCUGUAGAACAGCAUACUAUCAAGGACGUUGAACCUAUUGAGGGCACCAAUAAUCUUAACGUUAUUUGCUGCUCAAGCAUUGAGCUUGAGCCUGCUGAGGGUUCUUGUUUUCAAGUCGUUUGCUCCUUAAGCGAACCUACAGUUGGGAGUAAAUUGACAACAUCUUGCAUUUCUUCUCCAGGGUGCACCCCAAAUGAUUUAAAUUGUCAAGGCAAGUCUGAUUGUGAAGCAACAGUUGACCUGGAAAAUUCACUUUCUGGAGAGACACCUGGUACAGUUUGUUCAUCAGAAGGCAACAAUUGCACUCUAGCUACUAGUUCCUUGCGAGAUUCCCAUUCCUGCUAUCAGCAGAAUAUGUUAGUUCAAUCUAUACACUGUACAGAUCAGAUGCCACAGUGUGAUAGUUCUAGAGACCCAAAACCAUCUUUAGCACACAUCAAGUUAGACUCGAAUUAUUCUUUGUGUAGUGAAGUUCAGUUUACUUCUUCAGAAGGACCAAAUAUUGAUAUUGAAAUGGAGCUUGACACAGAUGAUGCAUUGGAUGCAACGGUAGCUCCGCUGUUGCAUGUAGGGGGUGAAUUUGACAUUGAUUACAGGAGUGCAGAAUGUUCACCUAUGAACCUAGCAGUGCGCUCCCCUUAUGUAGAUCAAGAGGCACGAUCUACCAAUUUGAUUGAAAAGGCAGAUAUUGAAGGUAGAACAGAAUCACAUCAUUCUUCGACCAAGGAAAGACGGCCUUUGUCACCAGUAGAGCAAGAUACUGAUGAUAAAAUUGAGUUUGACACCAACAAGAUGUCUUCAGAGGGUGUAUCAAAUAUAGAAAUGAAUAAGCCAGUGGGUGAAUCAAGGACAAAUACCAUCAGUAAAGAUCAUCUAAAAAACUUGGUUCCGUUUACAGAAGAAUGGCUUGCUGUCAUGGAGGCUUUUGGAGAGGAAGUUUUGGAACAGAAGAGUGGUGCUGUGCAAAAUUCUCCUACCGACAAAGCUGCUCCAGAACCUAGUCCGUGGUCGCCGGUUAAACGGAAAGCUCAAGACGUUGGGCCAUUUGACUGUACCAAGUACUCCAAAAGCGUCCGUACAAGUGACUCACCUUGACUGAGAGCAGUGUCUUGAGGUUAGAGAAGUUUCUUUCUUGCCUACAACUAGCACUAAUUGUCCUUUUGUUGUAGUACUAGUUAGUAUGUAAUUGCCUAACCCUGUACAUGAGACAUUCACUUGCGCAG